AAAAACCUUGUUUUUCUUGGUCAGGCCGGAAACUUAUCAAUCCACCCUCGUAUAUCGACUAUAUUUCGUUAGCGGUCUUAAAAUAUCUAAAAACUGCACAUAUUGAAACUGACAAAAGAAAAGUUCGAGGUCUCGACAACUUCAUGAAUAAUCAUAGAAAUGGAUGACAGUUAUUGAAAAUGACCUCCUUUAUGCAGAAAUAAAAAAAUCAACAUCCGUUACUAAUGUCCUUAAAUGGUAUGAUAUAGAUAUAGAAUAAAUGUUAAAUUUUUAAGGUAUGUAGUGUACGUAUUAUACAUCAUUGUACGUAUGUAAUGUACAGAACAUCAAACACAACGGCUUUCACAGUGGAAAAAGGGAAACUUUCGAAAUCUUAAUAGCGGCACACCACGCAGUGUUUAGUCUGGUCUUUCCUGUCAACUGAGACGCAGUGUUGUGAUUGUGUGAAAAGACGCUGCUAUGGCAGGACGAUUGUUUACGUGAAAAAUAACGAAAAGUUUAAACGCGCGCGUCGCGCAGGACGAAACAGUUAUCCUGCGAAUCCAGGACUUUUCAGUGUCCUUUUCUUGUCAGGAUUAAUAACGCCCGAAGUAAAGAUGAGCGCAGCGGUAGCCGAACGUUAUAGGAUGAUAUUACUGAUAAUAACUGAGAUACAUUUAGUCUGUGUGGCAACAGUUUCUCCAAUAAUGGUAAGAGAGAUUUCGUCUAAAACAAAUUUGGAGAUGUUGGCCUCCCCGUCCACCGACAAGUAUAAGAUAUCAAGUCAAAAAUCAAUCGAAAACGUCACAGUUACUGACGACGAAAGGUACAAACGUAUCUUGCCAUAUUUAGAAUUUUAUUCCCAAAAAGCCCCCAUAGAAGAUCAUCGCAUGCUAACUGUAGCACAGUACAAUGAAGGAAAUCCAAAAAUUCAUUUCGUUGUCCCGAUCGAACCAGGCAAAAGGUACAAAAAUCCCCAGAGCAAUCGUCAAAAACAACAAAAAGAAAUUUUUGUGCAGUUUACCAAAUACAACGCUCAACCAGGUCCAUUUGUACCCAUUGCCAAAAAACCGCCACCCCCGCCCCCAAAUUUUAGCGAAAUAUACGACAAACUAUCCCAGUUAAAAAUGCUUCAACUCAACUCAUUAGAAGCACCUACUUACACCCGAAUAAAAUCGAUCAAACCACUAGCUCCGAGACCCUUUGUGUCGAUUCAGGCGAUAGGAAACCUUGGAAAAGGUCCCCCUAUAAACCACGACCGAAACAAGCCAGCAAAGACAAUAAUUUACGUACCACCAACCCCUUUGAGAAACGAUUAUUUCCAAACAAACCCCAACGAAUUUUACCCGGUACAAGUACAAGAAAAUAAAAAACACCAAAACGACUAUUACGAUUCCUUCAAAGAGAGCGCCCUUACGCACAAUAAUAACCAAUACUUCUACGAACACCCUAUAGUUGUAAAGGACAACCCCCAAAGUACGUACGUCCCAAUUAAAGUCAAUCAACAACAUGGAACUACAGGUUACGAGCAUCAAUCUUAUUAUGACCCUCAACUAUCAGACUACUACAUCCAGCAGGAACCACAUCAACAACCAAAAUACGAACUAAUCAACCGUAAUGUUAAUCACCCUACAGCCCCAAUUGUUUAUGAAGACGAAUACAGAAACGAUUACGAUGACAUGGCGGAAAACCCUAGCAAAAUAUAUCCGAUAUUAGAAUACGGAACAAAGCACCAAAAACAGGAACAAACAACGCCAAAAGUAACCAGUAUAAGUUCUACGAUUCGGCCUAAACUGCAAAAAGAAUCGAAUAACCAGCAAACAACAGAUUCAAUAGUACCAGUGCCACCAAAAUUGGUCGAAAUCAUAUCACAAAAUACGAUGAAAUAUUACCAAAAUACCCCGUCUUCCGCUGAUUCAGUUCCAAAUCUAAGCGAGGAAACUGCGAAGAAAAACUCUCUUAACACGGGUUUAACAAUGGUACCAAAUUAUCAAUCACCAACGAAUCAUAAAGAAGACCCAGAAGUGAAUGUGUUAGACUACGACCGAUCGUCAGAGUCAGAUUACAAAAACUCAGUCGAUUCUUCGGAAAGCGACAGUAGUUUAAACAGUUUAUUGAAGAAGCUUCAAGAAACGAACACCCUUCCCAAAACAUUUACUGUUGAGAACAUAGAUAAUAGCAUCAAAACGUUGGUUCAUAUUUUAAGUUCGUUGAAAAAACACAAGAAAUUAUUGCAACCUGUUGUAUCGAAUGACAACGAUCAAUAUGAUGAUAUUGAAAAUGAAGCGGAAGGUCCUAUAUCGAGUGAGAACUUUCCGGGGGACACCCCCGAAGGAGGAACCCCGGGACGACCAGGAAUAGAUUAUCCUGCUUUAUCUGCAAUACCUCACACCUCUUUCGACUGCAAUACGCAAAGAUACAAGGGAUUCUUCGCAGAUCCAGAAACACAAUGCCAGGUUUGGCAUUAUUGUGAUUUAAACGGUGGUCAAGCAUCCUUCUUGUGCCCGAACGGAACAACAUUUAGCCAAGUGGCUCUAACAUGCGACUGGUGGUAUAACGUCAAGUGCGCCAAUACGCCACAAUUAUACGUACUCAACGAGAGACUCUACAAGUACAUCAUACCCCUUACACCUAAAUUUCCUGAGGACUAUAGUGGCCCCUUGGUCGAUAAAUACUUGGCGAUAAAAUUCAAAGAGAUGGAAGAAAAAAUGAAAAAACAGAAAAAGGGUAAAAAGCCAUCAGAACAAAAGGCAGACAGCGAAGAAGAAACGACUUCCUCGGAAGAAACCGAUCCCUUGACGAAGGACAAAAAAGAAGAUGGAUCAAUAGAUCCAUCGAUAGUUACCUUAUCGGAAGUUAAUCAAUAAAUCGGCCUGUGUUAUAAAUUAGGUUAAAAAAUAACCCCCGACGUAAUUUAUUAAAUAUUAAUUAUUUAUACUACCAGUUAUUUAUCCAAUUUGGUUUCAACAGCAAUUAAUAAAUAAUAAUUAACGACAAAAAUGGCAAAGCCCAAAUAUCCACUUUCGAAAUUUAUAAAACCAUUUCAUAAACAGUAAUUGUUCAUUAAUUAAACAAGUUGUUAGCCUUUUAAAAUUACUAAACUCACCAAGGUAGACAUAUGUAACGAGGGAUUCCCAGCUUCUUUAUUAAAAAAAGAAUUGCUGAGUUAAUUCGAUAAUAAUUUUUUUUGCCACAGGCUUAGAGAAUGUUUUCACAGGAAUGCCUUUUUUAUUAAUUUAUUACCUGCAGUGUCCUACUUAAUAACUUGAAACACGCAACAGCUUAUAUUGUGUAUUAUAUUUUGCAAAGUUUAUUGCAUAAAUAGGUAUAGUGAAUUUUUCAAAAUACGUUAUGCCAUAAUUUAUCAAAUUAAUGUAAAAAAACUUAAGAACUAUUUAUUUCUAGUCAAGCUGUAUAAAUUAGGUAGGUAAUCAUGAUAAUAGAAGACCAGUAAACCAAUAAAUAAUUAAAAAUCAA